UGGGGCUAUUCGUUCCCAGCCUCCAUAGUCCCACUUUUGAGCGAACACGCGGAACACGGGAAAAAACCACACAUACUACUGGGGGCGUAGUGAUGGCGUAUUCUCGUUCGCUUUUCGGUUCUACUAACUGCGCCAGAACAUUAUUUAACCGUGGCUUGUUAAGAAGGUUACUUCUUCCGCGAUGUAUAAUUGGAGCUGAGGGCCGACCUUUAUUGCAGAUUCCGGGUAAAGCGUCUCUUUCUUCGUGGAGUAGACACCGUGGGCAAAUAAUUCGUUGCUCUAGAUUCUGUUCUUCUAUAGCGGGCAUUGUGCAAAGUAAAUACACAGUUGACAUACCAGAAGUUUCGCUCAGCGAGUUUAUGUUAGAUGAUUUUCAGGAAUAUGGAGAUGAUUUGGCAAUGGUAAGCUGAGUUUAUGGCCAUUAACUAGCUAAUCAAUUGUAAAGCACAUAAUUGUUUGUUGUUAUUAUGCAGCGAACAACAAACUGGAACGCAGUUCUGUAAAACAGGAGAAUGCAAAUGAAGUCUUUGUGUACUUUGAACCCUGUGACAAAAUGUCCGACAACCGGAUAGGAUUUUGAUUUUUAUUAGGUUGUGUUUGUAUUGUACAUUUGUUCAUGUACGUAUAAAUGUGGCCAUUUUAAUUAUUUCAAGCUUAACUUGGACGACAACACUUUAUGUUCAUAAUUUGAAUAUGUAAACAAAGUGGUCUCUUGGUGGGCUUACAACCUUUCUGAUUUGCAUGACCUUUGUUCUUUAGUGAAGUCAUGUGAAGUAUCUUGUGAUUGUAUUAAUGCACAGCUGAUUGAUUUCUACUGCUUAAAUUGAGACUUUACACUGUACAAUGUGGGUGAUAUAUACCUUUUUCUUGAAAAAGAUAUUUAUUACACUUAACAUUAUCUAUAACAUUUUGAAACAAAAUCUGUGAUGGACACCUGGCCAUUUCAUGUAAUAUUCACAUUCCCUCUAUAUGAAUUUUCUGAGGAAGUCUUGGAUAGAAAUUUCUGAGGGGAAAAAUGCUGUGUCAGCACUUUCGUUUUGAUAUGGACCAUUCCAUGUAAUAUCCACCCCCUCUCCCCCACCAUGAUAAGAUUUUCUUAGGGGGGUUUCAAAGUUAUUUUUUCUUAGUGGUUUAAGAAAAAAUGUGCUAUUUCUGAAAGGGGGGCUGUGUUGGUACUUUUGACCCGUUUUUCUCUGAGGUAUAGUCAACUUAAAAAAAUGUACCCAUAGGGGCGGGGUUGAAGUUGUUAAUAUGAAAUGGCCCUUUCUCUUAAUUUUCUGAGGCAUUAGAAGGUAUAUCUCAUCGACAAGGGGGGCACUAUUAAAUACAAUGGCUCACCCUUUUUAUUGAUCUCUUCUCAUUUUAAUCUGAUAGUUGCUUGGGGUUUUGCAGAUAAUUUCCUGUAAGAGGCUAAUAAAAUAAAUUUUUCCUUGUUGAAGCUCCAUGCAUUGAGUAAAACAUUAGACUUAUUAAAAUAGCUCUCAAUCCACACAAAGCUGUGAUCAGAUUGUCAGACUACGAUCGAUGUUGCUAAACCUAAUAGAACCACGUUCCUUUUCUUCGUUUAUCAUUUGGCUUGGUGCACGCUACUGGUGUACACUAACCGUGCCUGCGCAUGAUUUCAAGCUGAAGAGAAGGCACCAUUUUUGUGCCAAAGCAUGGGAAAAAACAUGCAUGGGGACAGCUUAGGCUGAGAUUUUUAGCCAUGUGUACACCAGUAGCAUGUGCCAGGCCAUUUAUUUAUUUUACUUUUUUGCUAGAUUGAUGGUGCUUCUGGGAAAUCUUACAGUUACAAUGAGCUCAAUACCUCAAUAAAAAAGUUGGGGUCAGCAUUAACAAAAAGAGGUUUCAAGAAGGGUGACGUAUUUGCUCUGUACCUACCCAACGUGCCAGAAUAUCCCAUAGUAUUCUUUGGAGUCAUUGCUCUGGGUGGUAUAGUGACAACAUUAAACCCAACUUUCACUGAAAAGGAGAUUUCAUACCAACUGAAAGAUUCAGGAGCAAAAUACAUUCUUACGAUACCUGCUAUUGCUGACAAAGCAAAGAUAGCUGCAGCAGAAAAUGGAAUAAAUGAGGUUUUCGUAAUUGGUGAGGCAGAGGGCUGUGAGCCUCUUGAUUCGCUGUUGUUUGAUGAUGGCUCAGCGUUUCCAGACAAUGUGCCAGUCAACCCAAAAGAAGAUGUAUGCGUUAUGCCAUACUCCAGUGGAACAACUGGCUUUCCAAAAGGUGUCAUGCUUACGCAUCAAAACAUAGUGUCACAGGUAUGCAUGCUUUUACAUGAAGCCUUCAGGUCUCAUCCUUUCCGAGGAACUGUCCUGGGGCUUCUUCCCUUCUUUCACAUCUUUGGCAUGGUUGUCAUCAUGGCCCAUUUUCUUAAACGUGGAGGAAAAAUAGUCUGCAUGCAACAAUUUGAUGGAGAGAACAUGCUUGGACUCAUUCAAAACUUCAAGGUACUGUUAUAUUAUUGGUCCUUUUCUUCCUUCUUCCAGCUUGUAAAUAGUUACCAAAAUUGAACACUGCUUCCAUUUCUGGUUGGAGGUGUGUCCACGGCAUGCAUAUUUAUAUAUUUGACCAGACACUCAUAAGGGGUUGAAACCUGUAACUCGCGUUCAAUGCUCGUGAAUAUUCAAUUUUACCAUAUUUGGAAACCUUAGUGACAGAUAUCCAUUUUAAACAAAUGGCUGCCGCAUGAUCACCAUGCAGAUGUUUUAAGACAAGAGUUCUGCACUUAAAGGUUAAAAAUACACCGUUAAAAGACAAAAAAUGGAAAGAGAAAGUUCAAAAGGAUGCUCAGCUUUCUUUUUGUGGAGGAAGGGAAGCUUUUCAUCAAGAAAUCGUCCUUUGAGGAAUUCAACCUUGUUUUCUUCACGACGGAACGCACGGUCUGUUUUGAAAUGACACCAAGGCAGUGAAGUUUUUGCUGAAUUUUCAGGUACAUUGCACUCUAUGGCCAAGACAAUUACAUUUUUGAAAGGGAAUUUAUGUAUUUUUAAAUGUUUCAUAGGCGUUUUAUAAAUUUUUCUCUUCGGCACUAAAGAAAAAUUACAAAAUGUGCCCCAAUUUGAGAUGAAUUUUGUGUUGAAUUUUGCCAUGUGCUCGGUUGAUUGGAUCCACGAUCCAGAUAGUGUUUCCGGAAUUGUUUUAAAGGAUUAACUUUUUGGAUUUUGAAUAAAAAUUUUCAAGAAACGGCUUCCCUGUCUAUUUGUUUUGACUUUGUUCAUUCAUGAAAUUAGCUCAAAACACGAUCGUGACCACAUCCAAGCUAGCUUAAGGUGGCUCGACUGGAUUUUUUUAGGGCGAUACCUCCCAAGUUUGAGCCUCAACUACGUCGGCAUGAGUAAAGAUAUCGAAAAAAGGUUACCACAACUGUAUUACAUAAAGAUGAAAAUUUCUUAUGAUCUGGGUUUUAUUGCAAUCGGAGUCGCCAUGGCAACGUAAUGACGCCAUUACGUUUUUCAUUUAUCCUUGUGUUUCUCUGUACCAGGAGUUUUUUGAAGAAAUCGCUUAAGGGAGUAUGUACCUGCCAUAAUUGCCUCCAUUAUGGCAAAGUUUGAAGAAAUUCUAUGAGAGCGUUUUCGAAAUAUUUCGAAAUGCAGUUUUAAGAAUCAUCAAAGCAGUGAAAUAGCAUGUUAGCCGCUCAAUUCGCUAAUAUUUUAAGAAAAUGAUAAGCUUUGGGAACGCGGCUUCAUCUCAUAGUGGUUUGAUUCCAUUGAAAACUGCAUACAAAAAAAGAGGGGAAUUGCUCUGGGCGAUCGCGAGUAAGAAGAAUUUUAUUAACUUGCAUUCAGCUGCUUUUGAUACAGUUUUUGGAGGUAAUUUGGUCCAUGCCUAAAAAUUUCGCAUUUUUCCAAAAACCGCUCGAUAAAUUUUUUUAUAAAUUGGACAAUUCCGAGAUCAAUUGUCAAGAAAUAUUCCCUGCAAGUUUUAAGAACAUUGAAAACAGGGAAGGCUUUUAAAUAGGGCCUCAAAUAUAGCCAAUUUUCCGCCCAGAUUUUGUGUUUACAAGUGAGCGUCCUCAUUAUUCACUGGCAUUGUUUUCAAGUUUCAUAUACACGUGCAAAUUUAGCAAAAAGAUAGAAUUUGCAUCAAAAAGGACCCUCAGUUAAAUCUUCGGAAUAUGCUAAUUACCGGGUAAAGAGGUUAGUGAUACAUUAUAACAUCAGAGCCACUCUUUAUGAGAGUUUCUGUGAUGUUAUAUUCCGAGUAAGAUAAUCAAGUAUUGCAUCCUACACAAUGAGCCGAGACGUUCACCGUUUCGGCUCUCACUGCUAUCUGUGACGACAAGCCAAUUAUUAGCAUAUACCGGAUAUUUCUUCGGAACGUAAUCGAGAGUUCUUUUUGAUGCAAAUUUAUAUUUUUUGCUAGUUGUGCACGUGCAUAUGAAACUUGAAAACAAUGCCAGUGAAUAAUGAAGACGCUCACUCGUAAACACAAAAUCUGGGAGGAAAAUUGGUUAUGUUUGAGUCCCUAUUUAAAAGCCUUCCCUGUUUUCAAUGUUCUUGAAACUUGCAGGGAAUAUUUCUUGACAAUUGAUCUCGGAAUUGUCCAAUUUAUAAAAAAAUUUAUCGAGCGGUUUUUGGAAAAAUGCGAAAUUCGUAGGCAUGGACCAAAUUACCUCCAAAAACUGUAUCAAAAGCAGCUGAAUGCAAGUUAAUAAAAUUCUUCUUACUCGCGAUCGCCCAGAGCAAUUCCCCUCUUUUUUUGUAUGCAGUUUUCAAUGGAAUCAAACCACUAUGAGAUGAAGCUGCGUUCCCAAAGCUUAUCAUUUUCUUAAAAUAUUAGCGAAUUGAGCGGCUAACACGCUGUUUCACUGCUUUGAUGAUUCUUAAAACUGCAUUUCGAAAUAUUUCGAAAACGCUCUCAUAGAAUUUCUUCAAACUUUGCCAUAAUGGAGGCAAUUAUGGCAGGUACAUACUCCCUUAAGCGAUUCCUUCAAAAAACUCCUGGUACAGAGAAAAACAAGGAUAAAUGAAAAACGUAAUGGCGUCAUUAUGUUGCCAUGGCGACUCCGAUUGCAAUAAAACCCAGAUCAUAAGAAAUUUUCAUCUUUAUGUAAUACAGUUGUGGUAACCUUUUUUCGAUAUCUUUACUCAUGCCGACGUAGUUAAUGCUCAAACUUGGGAGGUAUCAACCCCAAAAAUCCAGUCGAGCCACCUUAAAGUGAGAAGAAAGAGUUAAAUCCUUCUCACAUUACCUACACGCAUCACUUUUUGCGAAGAUGUCAGGUUCAGGUUUUGGACACUUUUCGAUAGGCAGCUGAUGAAUUUUAUGCAAAAAAAGUUUUUACUGUCUAUUCUAGACUAGUAAUAUAAGAAUUGCAGUAUAAGUUUACUGUGCAAAGGGUCAAUGGGGCAACGUUUUUUGAAGUGACAACUUCAACAAGUUGCGAGGACGUCAAUGGGUUUCAUAAUGUUACGUUUGGCCCGGGUGGUAAGGCAAUAAUAUCCUGCUCAGUAGUUCGGUAAGAUUCCUGGUUUCAACCUUUGAAAGCUGUCUCAGCUUUCGGGAGUUUUUCCCCGGUUUGUCGGCCAUUUUUUUAAGCGGGCGCGGGAAGGUAAAGUAAAAUUACGUCACGUUGUUUACGAAGUUUGAUUGGUCAGCUAUCUCUUGUUCUCGUUCCAAAUAUGGUACUUUAUAGUUUUGAAAAUGAAUAAUCACGAGCAUCGGACAAAGCAAACAUAUGAGAGUUACCCGUUUCCACCCCUUAUGAGUUUCUGAUUUGACUGACUCUAUUGUUUAGUUGAAAAUGUGAGCAUGGUUUGGUUAAUGUGUUGACCCAGUUUUUGAAUGAAAAUGGAUUAAAAAACUAGGUGAACAUACUAACCAACUCAUGCACAUAAUCAUUUUCAAUGAAAAACUCAGUCAGUGAUACAACUAACAUGUGUAUGUGAAUGUCUGUCUAACUGGAAGAGGAUUUAUUUGGCAUUUUUUCCCUUACAAAAAUGUGCCCUGUUAAUAAAUAAGUAAUAUUUAAACUGUGCUCACAUUAUAGCUAUAGGUGGCUCUUCCUAAAAUGUUCUAGGCUGACUAAUAAAGUGGAUCUUGAAUCUUGAUAUAAUAAACUCCUAUUUAACAAAGUUCUUGGUAUAAAGAAUGAUUUUGUCUACUCUAGCAAUAGUAUACAACUAUCCCCCGAGGGGGAGGUGAAUAGUGGUGGUGGAUAUAUACUGAGAUGCGAAACGUCGAGGUAUAUAUCUAGCACUGUUCACCAAUCCUGAGGGGAUAGUUGUUUUAGUAUUUACCAAAUCAGUUGGAUAAAAAUGAAAAAAGUAACUUUUUUGUAAAUUAAAAACAUCACUUAGUGGGAAGUUUGUUUACAAUUUACAAACAUCUUGGGGAUAUUGUCAAGUGCAUUUCUAUGAUUUUGUUGCAAAUUCAGCAAGAAAAUAAUUUUCUACCUACCAGUAAACACCGACAAGCUGAACUUCAUCACUUUCUUGGUAUUUGUUUGUACAACUGCUUCAUUUAUCGCUCAAAUUUCAUCUUCCCAAAAAUUUCUCAAAAUGAGAUGCCAUCAUCUAGUGGCUUCAGUCGUAAAACAGUGAAUAGCCAAGGAGAUUCUAUGGUACCCAGUCAAAACACGUGGAAAUUGCUAUUCACUGAUUUGGUAAAUACUAAUACAAUAUGAAAAAGAACCUCAAAAUAAUGAAACUUCAUUAUAGCAAACAAAUUUUGCUGUGAGUUAAUUGGCCCUUCUUUACAUUGUGGUUCCAAAGGUAUUAAAGAUUAGCAUGUACAAUGUAGACCCAGUGAAAUGUUAUAACAGUGAGGUAUUUCCAGGAUCAGUACAAGAUCCUCUAUAGUCUGUCCCAAUUUCCAGAAAAUUAAUUGGUAGUGCUGCUUAAUAAAGUGCUUUUGGUGAUCAGACAGAAGCCAGACUUGUAACACUGAAUAGUUUUCCAGACAGGAAAAAACAGGAGACAGAGAGAACGCACCACAACAACUCUAUUUUAAAAUGGCAUGGGCAUAGAGUCAGUAGCAUUUUUUAAGGACCGUGAAAUCAACAAAGUUUUCAGUUUUGAGUGAAUAAUGAUUGUUGUCUUUUAGAUCCACUCCUUAUAUCUAGUGCCACCAGUUAUCACAUUUUUGAGCAAACAUCCUUUGGUGGACAAUUAUGACCUUACAAGCGUAGAUACCAUCAUCAGUGGUGCAGCUCCACUUGGAGAGCAACUCACUAAUGCUUUAUGGAAACGUCUUCCCUCUGUGGUAGCUAUUGGGCAAGGUAUACAUUACCCAGUAUAAACUAAAAAAUAACAGCCAUCAAUAGUAAAUUUGUAAUGUCCAGCUUUUAUUGCCUUUGUCAGACAGGAGACAGAGAGUGCAAGGGUAUAAGGGUAUUGAAUGUGAGAGCUAAGUGACUCGUGUCUUAACUGAUGUCAAAUUCAUCCUUCCAUUGUGCCAGGUCUAAGGUACCGGUCACUGCUCCAUGGAUAAUUUACCCAACCACACAGAUUUCUCUCAAUAUAAUAGAGCAUUUUGUUAAGAGAUGAGAGCCAGGAGACACUUUUAAUGUUGUUCAUUUAUCUGUAUCAUGGUGACCUGUACUCUGACCUGUGGAUAAGUGAGCUGUAUUUUAGCCCCUCUGCUUCCAAGGGACCCAAUGCAAAAACGGCUGAUGGAUUGAUAUUCUUUUGUUUAAAUUAAAAGUAGCCUAACUAGCUUCAUUCUUUAGUACAAAAUUCAAAGGAAUACAUUAUCUCAGGCGAGGCUAGUCAUGGUAAUUUUAAGUUAAUCCAGCAGCCAUUUUUGAAUUGGGUCCAUGACUUAAAUAUAUGUACAAGGCAAAUCUAGCAAUUAAUCUGGACUAAGAAUUCACUAAUCCAUGGAUCCAGGGCUAUCACCAAGAGCCGGGGACUGGGGAUUUUCCCCGGCUACUAUGAGCAUGAGCGCUGACUACUCUAGAACCUAAAGAACUUCCUAGCUUUACAAUUCCCCUCAUACUAUUGCAUAUACCCGGCAACUUGAAAUUUUAGCGCAUGCAUCCCUUAAAUUCCAGUCAUUAAGGUGAUUGCCUAUAGAAGCAUUAAACCUGUCCUAACUUUACUAUCAGUAAUUAUUUAUUAAUAAUAUUAGUCUUCAUGGUCUGUGUCUAAAUAGUACAGAGACCUUAGUGAUGCGUACACUUACAGGGUCUUCAUUCAUGACAUAGCUUGUGUUUAACCAAAGCAAAAACUCGGAACCUUUAAGAAAUUUUAUUUAUUGUUUUGUGUUGCUUUUACGUUUCUUUUAGCAUUGACUUACAGCAGGAGUGUGUUUAGGAAUGACGGGUACUGGCAGUACCUGUACCUGUACACUCCUGACUCCAUGAUUUACAUGUACAUAUUUGAAAACAUGGUAAAAGAAUUAUAAUUGGUAAAAGAGGAAUCCACACCAUUUUUUCAACUUAUGUUUUUGUUAGCUGUUCACUUGUUUAUUUUAUAGGAUAUGGCCUGACAGAGACAAGUCCAGCGGCAAUGGUUUGCCCCCGAAAUAAUUGCAAGCCUGGUGCAGUUGGAGUCAUGUUGCCGAACCUUGAAGGAAAGGUAGAAUCAGAAUAGUUCAACUAACAGGGGAGGAUUUGCAGGGAAGGAGGUUGUUGACUGCCCAGGCUCCCCACCCCCUUACACUUUCAUCUACCCUCUUCUUAUGUUUUACGUCAUAACCAAAACAAUCAUAUCAUUAUCUGUUGAUCAAGAGUCUCCACAAAUUGGUGGCAGAUGAGCUGGGCAGACCAGUGUCCCCUGUUAUUUUAUAGACUGCCUGGAAGCUGUAUAGAAACAGCUACACAGGAUAAUUGGGUAUGAAAACAGUAAGCAAAUGACAGAAACGAUGGACCCUAACCUUGAACAGUACAGUUUCCUACCAGGAAGAAUGAAUGGAAUUAGAAGAUUCAAAGGAGAAAAGCAAUAAAAAAGUAUUGGUUCAAAUUUUCAAGUGGUUUGAAAAAUAGGUGGUACAAUGAUAAUUUUAUAAUAGUGUUUGGAUUUGGUGUGUUUUGAGAAAUUGGGAUUUCUAAUGUUGUAGGAGUGUUUUUUUGCAAAUGUAAGAGAGUAAGUGAGUGUAGUGAUCACUUCUUUGGUAACUACAUAAUAUGUACCCUACCGUCUUAAAUUUUUAGAAUCUAGGUAGAAAGAUAUUUAUUUGUUGGUCAACAUAUUAAUAGAUGAUCAUUUCUUUGUCUAGGUGGUUGAUGUUAAAACAGGUGAAGCUCUUGGGCCAAAUCAAAGUGGUGAGGUGUGCAUUAGGGGACCAUCAAUAAUGAAAGGUACUACAUGUAACAGUAAAUAAUGUUUUCCUUAUAGAUCUAUUCACCACAGUUCAUCACUUGUUUAUUAACCAUGAAACAUUAAGGCAACCAAAAAAAACCAAAAAACAAAAAAUAAAAUAAUAAUAAAGGGCAAGAUAAAUUAUAGUGGGAUUGUUGACUUCUUGAACUUUCAUGAUAUGAUGUCUAGAACCAGCAUAAAGAAUGCAUUAUUAUUACACAAUUAAAUUUUAAGAAUCAUCGUUGUUAACUCCAUGCCCAAAAAUAUAAGGUUAGCAUCUGUAAAAACAAAGACUUCCAGAACUUCCAAAGAUGUUGAUACCGGUGAAAUCUCAAUACAACAACAGCCUUCCUGAACGAUAACGAACAAUAUUCUUCACCCCAGAAAAAGUAAAAUAAAAUAUGGAAAAAACCUUGAUAAUAUUAACAUUCCAGAUGAAAGCUUAUGUUAAUAUAACAUCUUGUUUGUUUGUUUGUUUGUUUUUGUUUCAUGCAUUUUUCCUUCUUGUUUUAGGCUACCUUAAUAAUGCUAAAGCUACUUCAGAAUGUAUUACCCCUGAUGGAUGGUUUCAUAGUGGUGAUACAGGAUACUAUGAUGAAGAGGGACACUUCUACAUUGUAGACAGACUUAAAGAACUCAUUAAAUACAAAGGAUUUCAGGUAGCAAUCUCACUAUUUGUGUAAGUCUCAUCACUCUUGCAUGUUCAAACAUUAAUACCAAUGGUUUUUUAAGCUUUUCAUCUACAAAAAUGUGAGAACUUGAAGCCACUAGUUGAAGGGAUUAAUCACUAUUUACUAUGAUUGAAUUGUUUUCACAGGUCCCACCAGCUGAAUUAGAAGCUCUCAUUCACACUCAUCCAAAUGUAUUGGAUGUUGCAGUGAUUGGAGUUCCGUGUGAAGAAGCUGGAGAACUUCCUAAAGCAUUCGUUGUUCCAAAAGGUGAAGUAGAAAAGAAAGAAAUUACAGAGUUUGUGGCUGAGAGAGUGUCUCCUCAUAAAAAGCUUCGUGGGGGUGUGGAGUUCAUCGAACAGAUUCCCAAGACUGCAAGUGGAAAAAUAUUAAAGAGAGAGCUGCGAGACAAGUAAAGUAACAUUACAGCCGAGGAAAAGUUAACAAUUAUUACAUAAUGGCUGAGUAUGAUAUGAAAAAGUUGUCUGAAAUUGAGGAGGAUGUUAUCUGCUAAGUGCUGAGGCCAAAGUAGAUACCACCCCCUGUGGUCUGCUUAACUCUACAUACACCUGAACUUCUCUGCAACAGGUACCUUGGGGACAGAAGGAAGUGGCCAUUAUAACGAGGUGGACAUUGUAGAGAGUUUUCAAACAAGGGCCGAUGUAUGGAUUUUUUGUCUGCUGGAACAAAAAAAAGUGGCUGUUGUAGAGAGGUGGCCGUUAGUGAAGGUUCAGCUGAAAUUUAUCAUGAUGUGUGAAUGAAUGUUAUGUAUGUUUCUCGAAGUCUUCUGCCAUUUUCGUGCCAGAACAGCUGAGCCACCAUGAUUUCCACUGGCAGAAGACAUAAGUCUGUCCCUGUUUCAGUUUACUUUUUCAUUAUUGACCUCAAAUAAUUGUAAAAAUAACAGCUGCAAACAUUGUGACGUUCAAAUUUAGUCAACACCAGCUGGUCAUUAACCAGGGGAUCUAAACCAGUCAGAAAUAGAGAAUUAUUUAUUUUGAUUGAACUACAGUGGUGUACUGUAUCUUUUGGAUUAUGUUUAAAAUAAUGAUCAACUGAGGAACUGAAGAUCCUCCUUUGAAUAAUUAGUGCAACUUAUUUAAAAAUAUAUAUUUUGAGAAGUUUUGAGGUUCUUUGUUACUAAAAGCACCUUGAAAUUACUUAAUCUAUUAUGUAGACAAAGAAGAAAAAUUCAAUCUGAAACACAAAAUGACACUUUUCAACAUUUCAUUAUUAUUUUUGCUGUGAAACUCACAAAACCAUGAACACCAGAAAUAUUUGUGUAAUGUUAUUGUGUUGUAAGGAAAUAGCCAAUAAGAUGCGACAAAACUAAACUGCCACAGCAACGAUAAUUAGUUUGUGGUUUUGAGGUUUGCUUGCGUGUCCUGAAUUUUAUGUGAUAGGUCACUUGAAAGACUUCCUUACUUUAACAAUAUACUAACAGGGAUGUAGCCGUUUCACAGUGUUAAAUAAUGUUUAAUAGGUUAGAAUUUCAUUUAAAGUACCUGUGAAUAAUAAUUUUAGUUGUCUUGACAUUCGCACAAUAGGUUGCAUGAACUUGCACACAUGUUGAUAUUUUUUUCUGUAACCAAUAAUGAUAAUAAAAAACUAUUAAAAAUAACAAAAGAUAAAUUAUAAGCAAGCAUUUUUAUGUGGUUAUAUUAUUAUUUUUCAACCAUCAAAAACAUAAAUCAACUGCAACUGACCACUCCAGAAAUACCAUAACAUACCAUAGUGCUCUUUGU